GACGGGGUUUCACAUAUGAACUGGUUAAAGUUACGCAGCGUUUCUGUCUUGCAGCAGGGUCAAACUACGAUGCUGUCUGUCUCUCAUUGAUCCCGUCCUCCAGAUCGGUCGGGCAUGGACCUGGAUCAGAACGUCCGAGAAGCGCUGGUGAAGCUGCUGAAGCCCCGCCCUGUGUGUGUGGUGGCUCCGGUGGUUGUGAGCCGUCCCGACAGAGCGUCCAGCAGGCUGGUGGUGCUGAGUCCAUGGAGGGGCUACCUGGUCACCAACAAGCAGUGUGUCGGGGUGGAGAGCACCUUCAGCUACCUGGAGAUCUUCUCCAUCGCUGUUCACGGUCAAAACCAGCUGGUGUUGGAGACAGACACACACACUCUGUCCUUCACCGUCCCUCACAUCAAAGACCUGGAGGCCAUCAUUGGUCACAUGACCGCCUCGCUGAAGAAGGUCUUCCCCGACUCCUCUCCGGGGAAGCUGCUGAAGGCUGCUCCUCCAGACCUCCACCACCGACUCCUCAGUCUGACGGCCCGGAUCGAGGACCAGCUCAGCUCUCAGCCGGGAUGCUGCGGAGGAUUUUCUGAGACCUACGCCGCUCUGUGUGACUUUAACGAGAUGCCGUUCAGAGAAGAGAUCCAGUGGGAUGUGGACAACAUUUACCACCGGCACCGCUGCAGGCAGUUCAGCCUGCAGGACUUCAGCCACGUGGACAGCAGACUCUCUCUCUCCCCCAGGGAUUUAGCCGUGGCCAUAUCAGCUCUGUCCUUCAACCAGUGGUUCACAGCAGUCUACAGCAAGGACCUCCGACUGUCUGCAGAGAUCCAGCAGCAGCUGAUGUUCGUCCUGUCCAGAUCUCCCGGCCUGCAGCAGCUGUCUCUGGAGGCCAGCGGACUCAAACCGGACUUUGCAGUAAACAUGGCCGCCGCUCUCCAGGAAAACUCCUCGUCGGCCCUGCGGUCCAUCAACCUCUCUGGAAACCCCCUGGAGGACAAAGGUGUCCUGGCUCUCAGCCAGGAGCUGAAGAACCUGAACCAAGGACUGACGCACCUGUCUCUGUCCCGGGUCCAAAUGACUGCCAGAGGCCUGGGCGGUCUGAGUCAGGUGUUGUUCUCCAGUCAGCUGUUCUCGGCCUCUCUGACUCACCUGGAUCUGUCUGCCAACUCCAACAGCCUGGUGACUGAAGACGCCACGUUCCUCUUUAGGUUCCUGUCCAGCACCAACUGUCUGUCUCACCUGGACCUCAGUGACACCAGCUGUCCUCUGGACACGCUGUUUGUGUCUCUGUCUGCCGGAUGUCACAGCCUGACCCACCUCAACCUGGCCAGGAACCCUUUCAGCCACAGGAAGGUGCGAGAAGUGACGAGGAGCGUCCAGGAGUUCUUCAGCCGGAGCGGCCGGCUGAAGUUUGUGUGUCUGUCUGGGACCAAGCUGCCUCCAGCUGCUCUCAGGCUGCUGCUGCAGGGCCUGGCAGUGAACACCGGCCUGUCUGGACUGGAGCUGGACGUCAGCAGCUGUGAGUUAUGCUCAGCAGGGGCCAUGGUGAUACAGGAGCACAUCUCUGAAGCUGCAGCUAUCAUGAGUCUGGAUAUCUCUGACAAUGGUCUGGAGAACGACAUGGUGACCCUGGUCCUGUCUCUGGCUCGGUGCAGGUCUCUGCAGCGUCUGGCUCUGGGGCGGAACUUCACCAUGAAGUCCAGAGCUCUCACAGACGUCCUCCAUCGAAUCGCUCAGCUCGUCCAGGAUGAAGAGUGUCCCCUCCGCUCUCUGUCAGUGUGUGACUCCAAGCUGAAGUCGGGGACUCACAUCCUGCUGAGCGCGCUGGGCGGCCAUGCCGCUCUGGCCGAGCUGGACAUCAGCGGGAACGCCAUCGGAGACGUGGGAGCCAAGAUGCUGGCCAAAGCCCUGAUGACCAACACCAGGCUGAGGAAGUUACAGUGGGACAGAAACAACGUCUCCGCCAGAGGCUUCCAGGAUGUGGCGGAUGCACUGGAAAGGAACUUCACCCUGCAGCAGGUUCCUCUGCCGCUGGCCGACUUCACCCAGAGCUACCGCGGCAGUCCGGACAGAACCAGAGACGCCCUGCUCAAGAUCCAGACGUGCUUGGACAGAAAUAAGCAGAGACAGUCGGACAGCGUGGACGUGGACCAUCAGCUGCUGAAAACUCAACGGGCCGCGAAGACGGUCCACGCUCUCUGUCAGCGCCUGCAGGACGACCUCCAGAGUCUGAGCCACCGGAGCCUCCAGGGGGCCCAGGAGGUCCAGGAGGACGUGGUGCAGGUGCACGAGGCUCUGCAGAACGCCAGGGAGGCUCUGAAGCUGCUUCCUUCUCUGUACGGAGACGGCGUCCAGCGUCCCUCUGAGGGAGAUUCAGUGGACCGCAUCCUGGCUGAGGCCGCCACUGCUCUGGCUCAAGAGUUCAGCAGAAGUCUCCAGGAGUUGGGCGAAGGCGUCCUGCGGAGCGUGGAGUCGGCGUGUCCCCGGGUGGUCCAGCGGUCCGGCCUGUGGUCCAGCGUCUCCGAGUGUAUGUCCAGCAGAAGCACGGAGGGGCGCCUGUUCCUGAGGACCGCCGUGGAGAGCGCAGGGACCGCCAUCAGGACCAGGCUCCAGGAGCUGAGGCGAGCGCUGAGCGUGGCUGUGGCCGACGGCGUGCUGGAGCAGCUGCUGCAGGAGCUCGCCCUGGCUCGGGACAAGCUGGAUCAGCUGUUAAAACAAAAUCCGAGCGACGCUGAGAGAGGCGGCGUCCCGGUCCCGGACCUGCAGCUGGACUUCCCUCAGGACGACUACAGCCCUGCAGUGUGGAGGAACGCCGUGCACAGCCGGAGCCUGAGGCCCGCCUCCUCGCUCAGCAGUCUGGCGGAUGCAGACUGGGAGAAGCAGAGCCGGGGCAGAGCGAGGGGAGAGCCAGGUGCUGAGGAGGGAAGGUGUGGCCUCCCCGUGUUGCUAACGGCAACGCCACUGCCACUCCAAACCUCAGGCCACUCCCCCUCGCCUUCCUCUUCCCCGUCCCCCUCCCCCCCAGGACCGAGGGGGAGGAGGCGGAAGGAGGGGGAGGCGGUGGAUGCUGCUGAAGCCGGAGCAUCGUUCCUUCCUCCUCCCAGGCUCCCCCUCCUGCGCUCCGGCUGCGGAGGCUCGCACCCGCCAGAGGCUCCCCCCGCCGGCCGCCGCUCCAGCCCCGGACCCGGACCCGGACCCGGACCCCCCGUCUCCCCCAUGGAGCCCCUGCCCACCCAGGGACAGACUCUCAGGCACUACACCGCCAGCCGGCCACGGCCUCGACGGAAACACUCACAGCCCCCCUCCGCCAGGCCCCAGGAGUCCCAGUCGAAGGUGGAGAAUGAGGCCAGUGAGGCGAUGGGCCGGGUGGAUGAAGGCGUGGAGGAGUUCUUCACCAAGAGGAUCAUCCCUGGCUAUGCACUAAAAGGCCGGUGGGAGGAGUCAAACCCUGCCCAAGCCACUCCCCCAGAGUCAAGCUCCACCCCUUCAGUCUCAGCCCCCUUUUCCUCUCCGUCUGACAUUAUCACUCCCUCCAUCGCCACCGCCGCCGCCACCAGCACCGCCUCUGUCGACCCCCCCGCUCCCCCACCCACCGACAUCCCCCCUCCAUCCACCGAGGCUCCGCCUGUCUGUACGUCCCCCACCCCACCCUCUGUCGCCCCCACAACCGCACUCCCCCCCAAAAAUAUCAAGAAAAAGUUUGGUGACUUCUUCGCCUUCAAGAGGGCUCGAGCCGGCCGAGCCGCCAAGGCGGGCGGGGGAGAGGGAGGAGGAGGAGGAGGAGGAGGAGAGGGGGUGAAGGUCAAAAGGACCUCCAUUGCAGACCUCAUCCGGCCCCUCCGCGAAGCCAAAGAGAGGGAGAGAGAGAGGGAGAGGGGCAAGGAGAGAGAGAAGGAGAGAGGGCCGAGGUCAGUGGAGGAUGCUAACGUUUCUAAUGAUGCCGCCGUCACAGAAGGAACCAUCGCCGCCAGCCUGCCGCUAGCAGGCGAUGCGAAGGAAAAGAUGGUAACCGCGACGACGCCUCCCAGUGACACCACACCCUCUUUUCCCGCCGUCACCACGAGCCCCGAACGCACCGCCGCCCCGCCCUGCGACGCGGACGAGGGCGGAGGUCCCGGUCCGGGCCGAACCCGGCCGGAGACGCCGUCGGGGAAGAGUCCGUUCGGAGAGAGGAAGCUGAAGGUGGCCAGGACGCUGCGAGAGGGCAAGAGCCAGAGCCUCAUCCUGCUGACGGGACUGGAGCCCGAAGACAAGGACGGCACGCCGAGCAAGAAGCAUGUGUCGGAGAGCGGAUCCAGUUUGGAACAGCGGCUCCAGGUCAUGCUGCACCGGAUGGGCAUGGCCAAGACUCCGCCUGCUGACACCAAGAUGAGCCAGAGCAAAGACGAGGAGCUGAGAAAGGCCAACUCUGAAGGUGCUAUUCUGGACAAACCUGCGCCUCCACCCACCUCCAUGAAGCCCAGGACCAUGUCCACUUCAUCAGCUGACCCCAGACAUCCACUGAGAGCUCUGGACCCCAUCAGACCAGAGCCCGUCCUCCACCCAAAACCUGCCGUCCCCGAGCGCCCCGUUGGUCCCCUGCCACCCAAACCCGCCAUCGCAGCAAAGCCGACCGUCCCCGUCAUGGCUGCCCCCGCGGGCGGAGCAGCUCCUCCGCCCUCUGCACCGGAAGGGGGGCAGCUCGGACCACAGGACAGCCGGUCCGGGGAGGCUGCGGCCCAGAAUGGCGGCCAUGAGAGCCCCCGGCGGCCGGCCGCCACGCCGUCCCCCCACAAAGAGGGUCCUCCUGCAGCGUCCUCUCCAUGGAGGGUUUCCAGCACACAGGACCGCACAGGGAAGGCACAGUCAGUGACCGAGGAGAGCCUUCCCAAGCCGCGGUUGCACGUGAAGCCUCUCCCCCAGCGCAGAGCGGUGUCGGUCCAUGAGGACGCUCUGGCCAUGACUCAAGAGCUGAAGACGGUGUUGCAGAGGUCGCCCGUCCGCUUUCGAGGGACCAGAGGCGAUCCGCCGUCCUGCGCUGGAAACCAGUCCAUCUGCGAGGAAACGCAGAGAGCACAAGCCGGGGACACCGGGAGACAGCCGGAUGGAGACAAGGAUGGCGUCCUGCUGGAGAGUGGAGGAGCGAGCUGUGGAGGUCCAGCGGUGAAAACGAAGCCGCUCUCUGCCGGGAAGGAAGACGCUCCGGCCUGCGGGCGUCCGUCCUGUCCGGCUCAGGACGGACAGGAGACGUCUCCAUCCGUCCGUCUCCCUGCAGCGUCGCCUGCACUGGACCGUCUGGCACAAACACACAUCCUGGAAGAGUCUCACGUGAGUCCCGCAUCACACAAAGAGAGCCCGGCGCCGAGAACUCCAGAGAACCCGCGAGACCCACCUCCGUCCCCACAGAAGACCCCCAGCACCAGUCCAGCAGCAGCCGAGUCCUGCAAGGUUCUCCAAGUCAAACCCCUGUCCCACAAGAAGAGCUGUCCCGGCCCAGUGGACCUGAGACCCGGACCAGUGGACCUGGAACCCGGACCAGUAGAUCUGAGACCCGGCACACAGCAGAGCACAGAAGAAGUGUCCUCGCAGCACACCGUGAAGACAGAACCAACAGACCAAAGAACUGAGCCCCUGCUGUCUGACUAACAGAGACCCUCACCUGAGGGCUGGAGGCUGCAGGGGGGUCCGGAGGAAGGUCUUCAAGGGGGUCCGGAGGGUCCGGAGGGUCCAGAGGGUCCAGGGUGUCACACAGAGCUCUGAGCAGAGAACCAGAACCGUUGAGUCCCACGACGACACUCCGCCCGUUUUCUGUUCUGCCAGCUUCUCAGAGCAGCUUCGUACGGCUCUGCAGACUGACACUCGACCUCUGACCUCUGACCUCGCCGCUCUCCUCCCUCUCAUGCUCAUGAAGCGAUCAGUAUGUUCACUCCCCAGCAUCACAUCGCUCCGUUCAUAUCCAUCAGGGGGGCAGAAUGAGGGAUGAAAGUAAAGAAAUGUCAGGUUGGUGAGUUUUUUUAUUUAAUUUAAUAAAAAUAAAAUUACAUUUAAACAUGUUAAAAAUAUUUUAAAAAAAAUUUAAAUGUAAUUUAAUUUAAAAGAGUUUGUUAUAGGGUGAGGGUUGGGGUCUCUAGAGUAACAGAGUUAUUUCAGAAAGACAGAAAAUAUACAACAGUUCGUCUCAGCACAGCAGGAGUAUGAGUAGAAAAGUCGCUUCACUUGUUAGUAUAACACUGUAAUGCACUGAUCCAGUGAAAGGUACCGGUCCGUCAGGUUCAGACCUCCAGGUGGAAGCAGGAUCCCUCUGCAGCGAUCCCCACUUCCUGAAGAGACACUUCAGACUCUCACCCUUCACGAUGUUCAUCGCUCUUAGGCUAGCCAUUCACAAUCCAGAGCGUUCAGCCUCACACUCUCACUUUUCACUGACGGCUCUGAAAGGAAGCAGCUCUUAUCCCUAUGCAGGUGAGAUCGGUUUGACUCUGCAAUAUGCAAAUCUUUUUCCACCGAGCCUCAUGGAGACCUGAAGCUCUCCUGUUUCUACAGACACACCGCAUGUGUGUCCGGCCACUGGAACUGAGAGUCUUGGUGAGCACAGAGAACAUUUUCUCGAACCUCUGCACACAUUUCAUUCUGCACAACGAGGCUCCAGCAAUCCUCAGGAGGACGGGGCUCCUCCUCCAGGGAGAAGGAACAGAAAGACUGCAGCUCUCUGCUUUGUUUGCAAAUGUUUUUUGUGAUUUUUUUUUUUUUUUUUAAUGUUGGAAAUGAUUUCUGAUUGAGUUUAGUUUACAGUCCUCGCUGCACUUUUUCUGUGUCCGGUGGUUUUUUUAUGUUCUGAUACUUUUUAUUUGCAAAGAAGCUUUUUUUAACCCUUCAGAUGAGACGUGAAACGCUUGCAUGUUUGUUUUUAAACCCAGUCGAGUUGAGUUUUUCCGUGUGUGUGUGUGUGUGUGUGUGUGUGUGUGUGUGUGUGUGUGUGCGCCCGCUGUCAGGGACCACAGCCUCUUCGUUCUGCUGGAUGAGAGUUUAUUUUCUACCGUCAUGUUUAUCUUUGCCUUGCACGCAUAAAAUAUGUACAAAAAAUACAAUAAGAGAACAAAAACAAAGCUAUGAACAGAGUGUAAAUCCAUACCUAUACUUCUUAAUAAUGAUUAAAGACUUGAUUGAAUUUUGUCA